GGUUGUUCAGAGCGCUGCAGCACUGCGCUUCAUUAAACUCCAUGUGAGAGUAUUUUUCGAGGGGAAGUAACAUUCCUCAGAUUCACUAAGAUCUGACAGCCCCUGGGGUUCCUGCACACACUGCUACGCUGCCAGGUGGACUGAAGGGAAGCUGAUAUCUGACCCUCUCGGAUAAAGGUGGAAACAAUGAAAGUGAGAAUGGUUGGACGAAUACGUUUGGAGUUUGUGGACGUAACGCUGGGGUUCCUCCUGCUGUGCUCUGUAACAGGCUUGUUGUUGAUGGAUCAGCAGAGACAUGCAGAGGAUGAGCAGGAGCUCGACAAAGCUAUUCUGGAAAUGCUGCAUAUCAACAAAGUGUCAGCAAGCCACCAUGCUAAACCACAUCCUUACAUGAGGAAGAUUUAUCAGAACCUGGACUCGCUGGAGGUGCAAGAUUUGGGGAAAUCAGAUGGGACGCUGGUGCAGGGGUUUCGGAGCGUGGACGGCCCACAGGGAUGGAUCUGGUUCAACAUCACCAGCUUGAGCCCCUUCAUGAUGGGUGCAGAGCUGGUCCUGUUCAGGAAAGCCCUCCAUCCUCGGCCGCUCAGCGUGUCUGUAACUCUGCACAGUGUCAUUGCUUCACAAGGACGUCUGGACGAACGUCCCGUCCUGGAGGAGAGACAGCUGGCCCUGGACCAGCGGCCGCCGUCUGGCUACGACGUCUUCGAUGUGUCAGCUGUGCUGGCUGCGAAGCCUGUGGAGGCUGUGGGCUUCCAGCUGCGCUACACGGACGAGAGCGGGAGUCUGGUCCUGCAUGAAGCCCUGACACAGAGUCUGUACUGUCUCCACAGAGGCUCUCUGAGUGAACCCUUACUGGUGCUCUACCAGUCACACCCUCUCUCUCUACUAUCAGUCUAAUGUAGGCGGUGUGGCCCAGUAAUGACAUGAAAGCUCACACAGUCACACAGGAGCACGACAACACUGAGCUGGGAGCUUUGGAACAUUUCUGAGUUUAAGUUGUGCUCAUCAAAGAUUUUGGGGUCACUCAGUAUGCAGGCAGAGCCCAAGUAUCAUGUUUUAUCAUGUUUUUGGAUUUGUAAGCCUGUUUAAUAUUGUAUAGUAAUGUACAUGUAAUUAUUCUUUAUGAGGGCUGUUUCCCUGGGGAACACCUGGUGUGCUGAGUCAGUAUUAGGGAGCUGACUGUGGCCUACAUUAGAGGAUGAUGUAAACAUCAGCAGCAGCCUGCAGGCAGCUGUGCUCUGUGUCAGUGUAGCUGCUACGUCAGCAGGUGAGAGCAGGUGGAGCUCUGUGAUGUAAGCUGUGUCAGCUGUCUCUCCACUAACACAGAGCAUCCUCUGUCACUGCUGCUCACGUUUCACGUUUGUCCGUGUUGAACUCUUCCUAAAUCUUCUCCUGCUUAUUAAAUCAUUUCUAUCCAUUGUUGCUAUCGACCUUUAACCUUUCUUGAUAGCUCUGAAAGCUGGACUGAAAUAAACCAUUAGCAUAAAGAAUGAACUGUGGCUGGUUUCUGCUGAGCGUGGUUACCAUUAUGGAUCACAUGGUAAUACCAGGAGUUAGUCAAAGGGAAACAUGGAUGCGUUGGUGUGAGGAACACAUUCUUCUUUGUUACACAAAAGGAAAUCUCAGAAACAUUUUAGGAUGAGGACAGAUCCUUGGAGAGAUUUGAAACUUAACUUUAAGGAACCGAAACAACAGGCAGGGGAACAGAGAGAUGAACUAGCAUGUAUCAGGAUGUGCUGGCAUAAAGAACACUUGAGUCAAUGAUCCAAUCACUUCACAUGAAGCUGAAAAUCAAGCAGAAACAUGCUUUUAUUUAUGCACGAGCUGUUUCUGGUCACGUCCACCCGCAGCAGAGAGAAGCACAGUGUUGCUGCCGACACAGCAAACAUUCAUUUGACUGUAAUUACAGUUUCACUGCAGGUCUCAGCGAGACAAAGACGAGAAACGCUACAGCAUGUGAACAAUGAGAUUUAUAUAUACUGUGCAUCCAUGUAUGUGUCCGUCUCUCCAAAUAUGAGUGUCAUAAUAAACACUUUGGUC